AUGCUGAACCGGCUGCUGGGCAACACGCCCGCGAGGCCGAGCAACGACCUGAAGGCGGGCGUUCCCCGCACCUCCGUCGUCUUCAGCGACACGGCACCUUCGUGGAGUGAGCUCGAGGCACUGCACGCCCAGAGGGCCGCCGAACUGGGCUGGACCGACCCAUGGACAGGAACUGCCGACCUCCACGGCGACUUCAGCCUGGGCCCCACGAACCCCAAGGCAAUGGAGCGCCUCUUCGGCCAGCCCCGCGAGUCCGUGCGCAUCAAGCUCUACCGCGACCACGCCGCCUGGUGCCCGUAUUGCCAGAAGGUCUGGCUGAUGCUCGAGGAGAAGCAGGUGCCGUACGUCCUGGAGAAGAUCAACAUGCGCUGCUACGGCGACAAGCCCGCCGAGUUCAUGGCCAAGGUGCCCGGCGGCCUCCUCCCCGUCAUCGAGCUCGACGGCCAGGUCAUCACGGAGUCCGACCUCAUCAUGGACGUCAUCGAGCGCGAGUACCCCAACCCCCCCACCCUCCCGACGGACGGCGACCUCGCGCCCUACGCCACCCGGCUCAUGCGCCUCGAGCGCCAGAUGUUCAGCCUCUGGCUCAACUGGCUCUGCUCCAACGGCAACCCCGCGCCGCAGCGCCGCCGCUUCCUCGAGGGCCUUGACAUCGUCGAGGAGGCUCUGCAGCGCGCCAACGACGGGGAGAUCCUCCCGGGCGGCUGGGCCGAGGCCGACAACCUCGCGCCGAACACGUGGGGCAGCCCGGGGCCUUUCUUCCUCGGCGGGGCCAUCAGUCAGGUCGACUUCAAGUUCGCGCCGUUCCUGGAGCGCAUGGUGUCGUCGCUGUUGUACUACAAGGGGUUCCAAAUGCGCUCCACGGGCCGGUACCCGGCGCUGGAGAAGUGGUUCGAGGCCAUGGAGCAGCGCAGCACGUACAUGGGCACGCGCAGCGACCACUACGCGCACUGCCACGACCUCCCGCCGCAGCUGGGGGGGUGUGGGAUGUCGGAGGAGGGCAUGCCCUACGCCACGGUGAUCGACGGGCGCCUGCCGUCGGAGUCGUGGCGCCUGCCGCUCGAGCCGCUCGGGGCGGACUCGCUCGAGGCGUACUCGCCUGGCGAGGGUCCGGAGGGCCACGACGCGCUGGAGGCCGCGGCGCGAAUGCUGGCCAACAGGGAGGCCGUGGUGAAGUUCGCCUGCCGCGGCGUGGGGCAGAAGGGCCCGAAGCCGGUGUCGGCGCCGCUGUCGGACCCGACCGCGAUCCCGAACAUGGAGGUGGCCGAGGACGUGGACGCGAUGCUGCGGCACGUGACGCACGCGCUGAUCGUUGGGGUGUCGGCGAAGCAGGACGGCCCUGCGGCGCUGAAGGCCGAGCCGGAGCCCCGCGGCGACAAGUCGGAGUGCGAGGGGUGGUCGAUGGGGCCCUGCCUCGCGUACGUGCGGGACCACGUGUGCGUGCCGCGCGACAUUCGGUUCCCUGCCGCGCGGCAGCUGCGGGCGCACCUCAACUGGGCGUCCGACAUCGUCGCGCAGGCGAACAUGCUCGCCAGGGCGUGA